AUGAGCCGUAGAGUACGAGAGACUAUAUCGUCGAAUCAUUUCUUUAGUCCGAAAAUGAUAACUCUUGCAAUAUUUCUAGUUUUGUUUUUUGCUAAUGAUCAAUUGAGUUUUUCAGAGGCACAACUCCAAUUUGGGUUCUACUCAAAAACAUGUCCAUCAGCCGAAUCAAUCGUCCGCAACAUUGUUCAACAAGCAAUAACCCGCGACCCUGGAAAUGCUGCUGUCUUACUCCGUCUCCAUUUCCACGAUUGCUUUGUCGAGGGUUGUGAUGGGUCAAUACUAAUCAAGCACGAUGUGAAUGAUGACGAGAGAUUUGCUGGGGGUAACGCUGGUCUUGGAGGUUUUGAUGUCAUAGAUGAAGCCAAAUCAGAACUCGAACGUGUUUGUCCGGGCGUUGUGUCUUGCGCGGACAUCGUGACUCUUGCUGCUAGAGACGCUGUUGUUGAGGCAAAAGGACCUUUUUACGAGGUUCCAACUGGUCGAAGAGAUGGUUUGAUUGCAAAUAUGCGUAACGCUGCGAACUUGCCAGAUGUUGAAGAUUCCGUAAACACUUUGAAAUCCAAAUUCAGAGAAAAAGGGCUUUCGGAUAAAGAUCUUGUACUUCUUAGUGCUGGUGCACAUACUAUCGGUACAACAGCGUGUUUCUUCGUCAUGCCACGUUUAGAUGCUCAAGAUCCAACGAUAAAUCCAGAAUUUUUUAAAGUGUUAAGGUCAAAAUGUCCACAAGGUGGUGAUGUUAAUGUCAGGAUUCCGUUGGAUUGGGAAAGCCAGUUCGUGUUCGACGACCAAAUCUUUCGGAACAUAAAAAAUGGCAAAGGAGUCAUUCUAUCGGACUCUGUUUUGUAUCAAAACAAUGAUAUGAAAAAGAUAAUUGAUUCGUAUUUGGCAAAUAACCGGAGUCUGAAGGCUAAUUUUGCUGCGGAUUUCGCAAAAGCCAUGGUAAAGAUGAGUGCCAUUGGGGUGAAGGUUGGUGUUCAAGGACAGAUCAGACGCAUAUGUAGUGCUACAAAUUAG